ACAUUGCCCCAUCCACCGCAAGAUGAAACUCACUCACACAGAGGGCAACAUCCUUGCCUCCAAGAUUGUGGCCGCGGCUAAGCUGAAAGACAUAGUUCUGGAUGUCUCCCAAGCAGCUACAUCGGACUAUUUCAUGUACGAUGUGGAAGGACUCUGCCUGGAGCUUCCAGGGGGUGUCAAGCUGUUCUCCAGUAAUGCGGCAUGCGCGUAUCUGAUGGGAGAGUUUACCGAGGACACCACUAAAUCAACAUGUAACGAGAUCAUCCAAUGGGAGGAGGCUCAGUUUAGGCCUGUUGUGCUCGGCCAGAUCGCCGUACCCGACGAUGCUUACCUGCAGAAGUCAUACAAAGUGCGCAUGGACACACUCAGCACUAUGCUUCCCCGUCUAUAUAACGGCACUGGCAAUGUAUCGACCGCCGAUAUAGCGCUCUGGGCUAUGAUCCACGUGUCUACCAUCAAUGUGAACAACAUGCUCAGCGGGCCUGUUGCUGGAUACUACGAACGCCUUAACGUUGUGCUGGGUGUGGCUGAAAACAUCACCAAGGACAGCGCCAAGACGACUGCGGAGGCGUUGAAGCCCUUUAUCGAUGCGAAGGCUCUGGAAGAGUUCAAGCGAGAGAGUGCUGCUGCCGCUUAUGCCAGCACAGAGUACGGUACACCCGACAAAGUCAAAGAGCUCCUCGGAGAGGCCACUCCCACAGCAAAGGGCAAUGCCAAGAAUGAUGCGAGUGAUGACAAACAAGAUGCUGGAGAGAGCUUCCGUGCUGCAACUGAGGCCGAAAUCGAGUCGGCUAAGGCCCACUUUUGCAAAACAGAUGGCGUGAGUGGCGAAGUGAGAGUUCGCGACUCCAUUGUUCUGCCCAAAAAGGAUCCAAAGGAGCGCAAUAUCCUCAUCACAAGUGCUCUUCCCUAUGUCAACAAUGUCCCUCAUUUGGGUAAUAUCAUUGGCUGCGUAUUGUCGGCUGAUGCAUAUUCGCGGUUCACACGUGUCAUGGGCUAUAAUUCCGUGUUUGUUUGCGGCACUGACGAGUACGGCACAACAACCGAAACAAAGGCCUUGUCCGAAGGCUUAACACCUCAGGAGAUCUGCGACAAGUACCACAAACUGCACGCCGACAUCUACGAGUGGUUCAACAUCGGGUUUGACAAGUUUGGACGCACCACCACCCCAAAGCACACCAAGUAUGUCUUGUGCUCGAUUUCAUGUGUGCUAGUUGUGUGUGUGUGGGAUGUGCGUAUGUGCACAUCCACAUGCCUGUAUUCCGGCGUUUCUCAGCAUGUGCAUGUUUGUGUAUCCAUGGAUGUAUGCUACACCAGAUGUGCUGUCUUGACCAUACCUGUGUUGCAAAGCGGUCAAUUUGCCUGCUUAUAUAUUUCCAAUGAAAGACUUGCGCAAGUUGUGUGGAAUGCGAAUAGGCAUAUCCACUGGGUUCGCUGGGGAAAUGUGUGGUGCGUGCAUGCAUAUGUAUACACUGUCAAUUUUCUACAUUAUAACACAAAGAAACAUGCUAUUUACCACGUGUUUCUCAGGGGAACACCCGUGCCGUUGGAGGGAGAAUGGUCAUCGAAGGUGUUCUAUGUGUGGUUUGAUGCGCCUAUUGGGUAUAUCUCCAUCACAGCCAACUAUACCGACGACUGGAAACAGUGGUGGCGCACACCUGAGAACAACGUCGAACUCUACCAGUUCAUGGCCAAGGACAAUGUCACUUUCCACGGUGUGAUUUUCCCCACAAGUCUGAUUGGCACUGGCAAGGACUGGGUCAAGGUGAAGCAUAUCAACUCAGUGGAGUAUCUCAACUACGAAGACAGCAAGUUCAGCAAAAGUCGAGGCAUCGGAGUCUUCGGAAAUGACGCACAAGAUACUGGCAUCAAGGCUGACGUCUGGCGCUUCUAUCUACUAUGGGUGCGCCCGGAGAACAACGAUUCCAUAUUCAGUUGGAAUGAUUUCCUCGCCACCAACAACAACAUUCUAAACAACAAUUUGGGCAACUUUGUGCAUCGUGCCCUCUCGUUCGUUAACAACACAUUUAAUGGCGCCGUCCCGACGGCUCAGCCCAAUGAGGACGAUUACAAAUUUAUUGGACUGGUCAACACCGAGCUAGCCAAGUACAUUCAGAGAAUGGAGGCCUGUCGAAUUCGUGAAGCUGCUUUUGCCGCCAUGGAUAUUUCCAAAUUAGGCAACCAGUAUCUCCAGGCUCAGAAACCGUGGGUUUUGGCUAAAUCCGAUAUAGACCGCUGUGGUACCGUGGUGUCGAUUGCUGCCAAUCUGACACAUCUCCUGGCCUCGCUCAUUCACCCCUACAUGCCAGAAUCAGCCGCUACCCUUCUGAAGACACUAGAUCUGCCCAUGUUGAGUCUUAACUACGGCUACUUCUACGCGUCUAUUCCUGAGGGCCAUCCCAUUGGCGCGCCGGAGAUUCUGUUCUCAAAGAUCGAACAAGCCACUGUGGAUGAACUCAAAGUGCGCUUCGCGGGUGUCCAGUCUGAAAGAGAUCAAGGAGCGGUUGAAAUGCCCCCUGCCGAUCCAGUGGCAGUGGCUGCAAUCGAAGCACAGAUCAAAGCUCAGGGACUGGUGGUGCGAGAGCUCAAGAACGCACAGCCCAUUGACAAGACUGCCAUCGGCACUGAGGUCCAGGAAUUGCUGAGGCUGAAGAAGGAACUCACUAAGCUUACCGGAGAGGCACCCGCCAAGGGCAAGUAGAGUCCAUGGCCGAUUUGGUUCAAUUUAAUUAAGUUUUCUGUAGAUCGACAUGGUGUGAACCUGUUUAAUCCAAUUAGUCGCUUGGGCCAAUUAAACUCAGUGUAAAGGCAUAUUGAACAUCGCCUGUUCUCUCCCUUUCUGAAAC